GGCUCUUGGUGUCUGAGAAAAUGAGUUACGCUCUAGUGGGAGAACUGUUCGCAUAUGUCUUCAUUCCGGCGACUGCCAUCGUCGGAAUCGGCUUUGCUCUGUACCAAUGGUUUCUGGUAUCCCGAAUUACGGUUUCUCCAACUUCACGUGCAUUGAAUGGCGGGCCUUUGGAGGGUCUGUUGGAAAAUGAAGCAGAGGAAGGUGUGGAUGGAAAUACAGCUGUAUCUAAGUGUUGUGAGAUUCAGAACGCCAUUUCUGUAGGAGCAACCUCCUUUUUGUUUACUCAGUACAAGUAUCUUGGAGUUUUUAUGAUUGUCUUUGGUGGAAUUAUAUUCCUGUUCCUUGGUUCAGUUAAAGGGUUCAGUACGAAAUCAGAACCGUGUGCCUAUGAUGAAACAAAGCUCUGUAAACCUGCCCUUGCAAAUGCCAUUUUCAGCACCAUUGCUUUCCUUCUGGGUGCAUUAACCUCUGUACUUUCUGGUUUUCUUGGCAUGAAAAUUGCAACAUAUGCAAACGCAAGGACAACUUUAGAGGCAAGAAAGGGGGUCAACAAGGCUUUCGUGGCAGCUUUCAGGUCUGGUUCUGUCAUGGGAUUCUUGCUUGCUGCCAAUGGGCUGUUAGUACUCUAUAUUGCAAUUUGUGUCUUCAAAUGGUACUAUGGAGAUGAUUGGGAGGGGCUUUAUGAAUCAAUUACUGGCUAUGGCCUUGGUGGUUCGUCAAUGGCUCUUUUUGGAAGAGUUGGGGGAGGAAUAUAUACUAAAGCUGCAGAUGUUGGUGCUGAUCUUGUUGGGAAGGUGGAGAAAAACAUUCCUGAAGAUGACCCACGAAAUCCAGCUGUUAUUGCAGAUAAUGUUGGUGACAAUGUAGGAGAUAUCGCAGGGAUGGGAUCAGAUCUGUUUGGCUCUUAUGCUGAGUCCUCCUGUGCUGCUCUUUUUGUUGCUUCAAUCUCAUCAUUUGGUGUUGAACAUGACUUCAUGGCCAUGUCUUAUCCUUUAAUCAUCAGUUCCAUGGGUAUCCUGGUUUGCAUGAUCACCACAUUGCUCACCACGGAGAUCUUUGAGAUAAAGUCUGAGAAAGAAAUUGAGCCCAUGCUGAAGCGCCAGCUCAUUAUCUCCACUGUAUUGAUGACUAUUGGCAUUGCCAUUGUUAGUUUUAUUGCUUUGCCAUCAAGCUUUGAAUUAUUUGAUCUUGGAUCAAAGAAGACUGUGAAGAACUGGCAUCUCUUCUUCUCUGUUUCAAUUGGUCUCUGGAUGGGCCUUAUCAUUGGGUACAUUACAGAGUAUUUCACAAGCAAUGCUUAUGGGCCAGUGCGUGAUGUUGCUGACUCCUGCCGUACUGGUGCCGCAACAAAUGUGAUAUUUGGGCUCGCUCUGGGUUACAAAUCAGUGAUAAUUCCAAUUUUUGCAAUUGCAAUUGCGAUUUAUGUAAGUUUCUCCUUGGCUGCAAUGUAUGGAGUUGCUAUGGCUGCUUUAGGAAUGCUAAGCACCAUAGCUAUUGGGCUGACAAUAGAUGCAUAUGGUCCAAUAAGUGACAAUGCUGGUGGGAUAGCGGAAAUGGCUGGAAUGAGCCGGGAAAUCCGCCAACGUACUGAUGCACUUGAUGCAGCUGGGAACACCACUGCUGCCAUUGGAAAGGGUUUCGCUAUUGGAUCAGCUGCACUUGUGUCCCUUGCUUUGUUUGGAGCCUUUGUAAGUCGAGCCAGUUUAAAGACGGUUGAUUUACUAUCUGCUAAGGUCUUUAUCGGCUUGAUUGUGGGCGCUAUGCUUCCCUACUGGUUCUCAUCGAUGACCAUGAAAAGUGUUGGAAGUGCUGCUCUGAAAAUGGUUGAAGAAGUCCGCAGACAGUUUAAUACCACACCAGGAUUAAUGGAGGGCCGUGUCAAGCCUGAUUAUGCAAACUGUGUGAAGAUCUCUACUGAUGCUUCACUCAGAGAAAUGUUGCCACCAGGUGCACUCGUUUUACUCUCACCACUGAUUGCUGGCACUUUCUUUGGAGUGCAAACUCUUUCUGGGCUAUUGGCUGGUGCCCUUGUUUCCGGUGUCCAGGUUGCCAUCUCAGCUUCAAACACUGGCGGUGCCUGGGAUAAUGCAAAGAAAUACAUAGAGGCUGGCUCGACCGAGCAUGCUAGAUCUUUAGGCCCAAAGGGUUCCGAUCCACACAAAGCUGCAGUUAUUGGUGACACGGUUGGUGAUCCUUUAAAGGAUACCUCUGGUCCAUCUCUCAAUAUCUUGAUCAAGCUCAUGGCAGUUGAAUCAUUGGUGUUUGCACCAUUCUUUGCUGCACACGGAGGACUGCUCUUCAAGUACCUCUAAGUUUUUGGACAUUUGGAUUGUGCAUCAAAUAGCAGAAUUCUGUCCGUCUUCCUUUCUUAGAAAACAGGAGUCUUGCUUUGUAAUGUAUGCUACUGACAAAGAGCACAGAAGGUGUUUGCGGCAUUGCCAACAGUUCAUAAAUUUUACCUUUUUUCCCUUGUGAAAUGUAUCAUUUUGGUCCUAGAAAGGGCGAAAAUAAUCACUGUCAUCCAGUGUUAGUUCAUAAUAAAAUCGCCCAUUUUGAGUGUA